CCUUAGUCUGACCCUGAAUGAAAUGAGCAACCGUACGUUUUGUUGAUAUCACAUUGUAAUAAUAUUUAUUGGAUACCUACCUAGUUAUAACGAAAAGAAUCCACCUCUUGCCGAUACAACUCAAUUAACUAUCAAAAACACAAGAUGCGAUUCACGUGCUGUAUUCUGGUGAUUUGUUUUGAUGUUUGUUAUUUUUUUCUCGGAGCAACUGCUUCAACAAUUUCACAAGAACUCUCCAUCUUACCGAGAAUAUUUUAUGUGAACGAGACAGAAGAAUGUCCAGACGAUCAUUAUUACUGUAAAGUUGAUGUAAAACUAAAACCUAAAAAUGUUGAUGAUCCGCCUGAGUUGUGGAAACUAAUAAAAAAGGAGUCUAUCUACAGAAGGGACACCAUAUUCAGAGCAUUUUGUAUUGGCGGUGAAAGUAUUGAAGAAAAACUAGAGCAAGAACUACUGCAAUAUAAUUUAACAGGAGAUGUUAGUCAAUUAUAUUGUGAUCACAAACGAACUCCUAGUGAUGUCCACCGACCAAUUGAAACUUUUAUUGGAUUAUUUAUCUUCUCUUAUAUGGGAUUUAUAAUCUUCUCCACCAUAAAAACAUCAAAUCAGAAGAAAGAUGCUAAUAAAUAUCAGAAAAUGUUUUCAACCACAAAUGUAUGGAGAGAAAUUAAUAAACCGAACAGAAAUGAGGAUUUCAACAAACUACUGAGUAUCCAAGGAAUUCGAACAUUUGCCAUGGUUUUUAUAAUAGGGGUACAUUCAUUCUUCACUGCGAUGACCCUUAAAUUUGUUCGAAAUCCAGAAUACUUCGAAGAUGCUCCCAAUAAUUUGCUAAUGUCAGUUUUCUACGGCUCUUUCGGACUUAUUGUUCAAGUAUACUUCAUCAUAUCUUCUUGGCUUCUCUCUGUACAACUCAACAAAAUAGUUGAAAAUAAUGGAGAUUUCAGCUGGAAGGAUUUACUUUUAUUGUGGUUGAAUAGAUAUUUGAGGUUAUUACCUACUAUAGCAGUCCUACUACUGUUGCAUAGUUCGGAUAUUUUAGCUGUCUGCAUUAGUCAUCCAUAUUUUUAUUCAAUGACAAGGGCAGAGGUAAAGAGAUGUGGAGCUAUUUGGUGGAAAAAUUUACUCUUUAUGCAGAACAUUAACGUUCAGGAAAAUGAAAUUUGUUCUCCAGGAAUGUGGUACCUAGCAGUUGACUUUCAGAUGUACACAAUAGUUUCAGCAUUCUUCUUUAUCAGCAGAAAAUUCAAAAUCUCGAUGAAUUACUUCUUCGGUUUGAUUGCCGCAGUAUCUGCACUGAUGCAAACGUUUUAUGUAUUGACCACAGAAUUCGGUGGCUUAUUACGUUUCGGUCCAAGACUACUACCUCCAGAGACGUUUAUCUCAAAUCCAGAAACUCUAUAUUCUUAUAUUAAACCAUAUGGAAGUGCUAUUACAUAUAUUAUAGGUUUCAUAUUUGGCACUAUAUAUUGGCACAAUAAGAAUAAAAAUAUUUUUGGAACAAUAGAGAAGAAGUUGUUGUUUUAUGGAGCUUUUAUCGGAUUUCCCAUUUUAGCCUGUUAUCUUUAUGAAUUGCGAUCUAAUAGAGCAGUAGAAGCACUUUUGACAGUCACCUUGAGACCACUUUUUUCUUUGGGAAUAGCAGUUGGUAUACUUGGUAUGGCAACAGGAAGUGGAGGUUACAUAAAGAAAUUCUUCGAAAACUCUUCUAUGGUGUUCUUCGGGAAUUUCACUUACAGUAUUUAUAUGUCUCACUUCCUUGUGGUUUUUGGACGAGCAGUAUUUGAGGCCAAAUAUGUAGAAGUGGAUGAUUUUUAUUUGUUCAGCAACUGGAUAUUGGAUGUUAUUUUAUCAUAUUUAUUUGGAAUGUAUUUCUACAUACUUCUGGAACAUCCCUUCAUCAAGCUACAGAAAAACUUGGUCCCCCAAAUAUCCUCUGGAAAAAAAGAGGAAAAAUCCAAAACCGAAUGAAGGAUGAGAUAUGUGUUUGUUAUUCUAGCUAAUUGUUAUUUAUGUAAAAUAUUUUUACGGUUGUUAUUUUGUUUAAAUAGGAAGCAAUGAAUAUAUUAAAUUAA